GGCAUGUGUUGGGUGAGGUGCCGUAUUCGUGCUUUGGUUUCAUCCGUCGAUGCUAAUCGCAUGUUCAGUGCGCGAGUUUGACGGUGAUGUGAUUCGCGAGCUGGAAGGAAGGGGAAUGAGAGGAGAGGAGAGGAGUAGAGAUUGAGGAAGAAAGUAUUGCGACACUACAUGAUAUAUGACAGUGCUUUCCUCCACUGCAUCCAUGAAAGCUGUCUUGUUGUCUGUCGCCUGUAUCACUUUCUGUCAUAAUGUCACAAAUUUGACGCAUUUCACUGACAAAUCCAACUGACACCAGCAUAUGGGUAGCGAAACAAUCCCUGGGCUUUAUCCCUUGCACCGCACUAAAACUCUUCAUCUGGUGAGACAUGCACAGGGAUUUCACAAUGUAGAAGGAGAAAAGGACUACAAGGCAUACCUCUCUUACGACCUACUUGAUGCUCAGCUCACCCCUCUCGGCUGGCAACAGGUACAUAAUCUGCGAAAGCAUGUUCAAGCAUGUGGUCUAUCAAAGAAGAUCGAACUUGUUAUUGCUUCUCCCUUGUUGAGAACAAUGCAAACAGCAGUUGGAGCCUUUGGUGGUGAAGGCUACACAGAUGGAAUAGAUGCACCUGCCUUGAUGGUUGCUAAUGCAGGGCAAAGUAAUCACCCCGCUAUUUCGAGUCUCAACUGCCCACCCUUUAUCGCUGUAGAACUUUGCCGAGAACAUUUGGGGGUUCACCCGUGCGACAAGAGACGGAGCAUUACUGAGUAUCGAUCUCUCUUUCCUGCAAUUGAUUUCUCACUGAUUGAGAAUGACGAGGAUGUCUUGUGGAAACCUGAUGUAAGGGAGAAGGAUGAAGAAGUUGCCAUCAGAGGAAUGAAGUUUCUGAAUUGGUUGUGGACUAGGAAGGAGAGAGAGAUUGCGAUUGUCAGUCAUAGCGGAUUCUUGUAUCAUGCGCUUAGCAACUUUGGAAAUGAUUGCCAUCCCCAGAUAAAGAGCGAAAUAUGCACACACUUUGCCAACUGCGAGCUUCGGUCUGUAGUUAUCGUCGAUAGAAGUAUGAUUGGAUCAAACUCCUCCACUACUAACUUUCCUGGCAAAAUCGCCGACGGACUUGGUCUCCCAAGCGAUGCUGCAGAGAAAAAGGAUUAACAAGUUGAAGUACUUGGAGGAGAAUUGACUUCUGAAUCUCCGGUACUUCAAGGAGAUAAUUGUCUCCGUAUAUCUGAUGACAAAUUCGUCUUGGUUUUAUAUACCCGAUUCAUAAGAUUACAGCAAUUCAUUGAAGUUGAUUUUCAAUUGUUAUGCUAUCAUAGGAUCGAUAUCACAUGAUCUAACUCAUCAUUGUUUAGUUCUGCGUCUUUUCGAGUUCUUUCAUAGACGUCAAUUCAUCAAGAAACAAGUAUCUGUAACCUCACUCGAGGUCUGAUGCAGAAACUGUUGUUGGUAUCGUAAAAUUGAAGGAAUAACAGAAUUUUUUUUUCCGCA